GCGACAGCGCGGCAGCCAUGAUAGUGUACCUGUUGUUAGAUUCAAUAUUGAUGAAAACGCAUCGUUUGUUACUUAUUUAAUUUUCAAAGCUGAUUUUGGAGUGGCCCUUACAAAACAGAAAUGAGUGACGACAUGGACUUAAUUCCCGAAAGAGAAAUGAAAGACUUUCAGUUUAAGCAGAUGAAAAAAAUCCGCAUCUUCGAGUCUCCCCAAGAGUUGCCCAGAGAACGAUGCAGUCUGCUGGCCGUUUCCAAUAAGUAUGGACUGACGUUUGCUGGCGGGACCAAAGAGCUGAAGGUUUUCGCAACUAAACAGAUAAUUGCAGCCAAUCAGCCUGGAGGAAACCCCAACGAAAUAGAAGAGGGCUUAAAAGCAUUAUGUAUUCCAAUGAAGUAUCCGUUGCACCAUAUAGCGCUCAGCUCAGAUGAUCUGACGCUGUCUGUCUGCACAAUGUCCAGAGAAUGUGGGGUCGUUAUCAUAUUCUAUGAUGUCAGAACCUUCGUGAACAAGGACAAGCCACAGAAGCGUGCAUUUGCAUAUCACAAGGCAGCAGCUGAAGAGGGUUGCUCAGUCUAUGACCUGAAGUGGAACCCGACUCUCCCCUCCCUGUUAGCAAUGUGUCUGUCUGAUGGCAGUCUGCAUGUACUGGAGGUGACUGAUGCUGUGAAAGUGCAGGCACAGCUUCCUCCUUCAACAGGCAUCACAUCAGUUUGUUGGAGCCCUAAGGGGAAACAAGUGGCUGCUGGUAAACAGGAUGCCACUGUCAUCCAGUACUCCCCUACUCUGCAAGAGAAGAAAGUUAUCCCUUGCCCUAGUUUUUAUAGCUCCGAUAAUCCAGUAAAAGUGCUGGAUGUGCUGUGGCUCAGUACCUACGUCUUCGCUGUGGCCUAUGCAGCUGCUGAUGGGGCUCUAGAAACGCCACCGGAGCUUGUGGUCGUGUCGCUGCCAAAAAAAGAUGAAAAGCGAGAGGAGCGGUUUCUGAACUUCAGUGAUUUGUUUUUUGUCUCCUGCACUGAGAGACAGCACCAUUACUUCCUGAGCCACGUAGAAGACUGGGAGAUAGUUCUGGCAGCAUCUGCGGGUUCCAUUGAAGUCAGCAUUAUUGCUAAACAGGAGGACAAGACAAACUGGGAGCUGUGGUUGUUGGAAGACGCUAGUCGGGCAGAACUUCCUGUAACUCUGAGCAACGAGGAUACCCUGCCAGUAGGUGUUGCUAUAGACUACACCAGCCAGGUGGCAAUACACAUCAGUGAUGAGAAGAGUCUGCCCGCAGCUCCGGUUCUCAUGCUGCUCUCCACUGAUGGAGUGCUGUGUCCGUUCUAUCUGAUCAAUCAGAACCCUGGAGCCAAGCAGCUGAUAACUCCCCCGGGGCCCCUCUCGAUAGAGGGGGAGAGGCAGCCCAAAGCGGGAGCUGCUUCAUCACCUCCACCUGCUACCUCUGCUCCUUCUGCCUGUGCUGUUAUCCCAGCAGUAGCUCCAGCUCUCAGACCUCCAGCCACUACCUUCUCCAGCCCUGCCACUGCUGCAGCCCAAACCAUGGCCCCUGUUGCCUUCUCCUUCACCUCCAAUCCUCCGUCUGGCUCUGCCUUCUCUCUGGGUCCUGCUACAUCAAAACCUGCUGGAGAAAGCUCUGCUGCACCCCUUGGCAUGACAACGCCCAUUGCCAGCUUCAAGACCAACUCGGACCCAUCAACUCCUCCGGUUAAACUGAACCUUGCUGACCGAUUUUCAGCUGUGGAGACACCGGCCCCAUCUGCUAUCGGGAGUAUGAGCCAGUUUGCUUUCACUUCUACACCAAAGCCGGCUUUUGCAGGACCUGUUGGCCAGUCCAUGCCUCUAUCUGUGUCUGUCCCUGUUUCUGCAGCCAAAUCAAAUAAGAUGGCGGCAUUGUCAGCGUCCCCCCACCCUGCACAGAAUAUUGCUCAGUCAGCAGCCAUGCACAAGCCUGCCACUGCAGCCCCAGCCACUGUGCAGUCCUCUUUGUCAGUCACAGCUUCAGAUAAAGAGCUGCAGAAGAGAAAGGCUUCAGACCCGGUCAUGACCGGAAUAUUUGAAGAGGUCGCUCAUUUCCAGAAGGAGCUGGAUGAUUUGAAAACCCGGACUGCCAAGGCAAACUUCAGUGUGGGCACCCCAGAGCAGAUGAAGGAACUGAGGCAGGAAGCAGAGGAUCUUCACACCUUCAUUCUGGAGAUUAAAGAAACCACAGAGUCUUUACAUGGAGAUAUCAGCACAUUAAAGACCACUCUGCUGGAGGGAUUUGCUGGUGCAGAGGAGGCCAUAGCUCAAAGUGAGAGGAAUAAGGAUCAGCAGUACAAGCAGCUCCUGUACAAGAAACCCCUGGACCCCAGGAGUGAAGCCCAGCUCAAAGAAAUUCGUCGGUUGUACCAAUACGCCAAGUUUGCAGUGGAGGAUGUUAACGAUGUUCUUGAUUUGGAGUGGGAUAAACACCUGGAAACAAAGAAGCAAAGACGUCUUGUUGUUCCCGAGCGAGAAUCCUUGUUCAACACUCUGGCCAAUAACCGUGAUAUCAUCAGUCAGCAGAGACAGAAACUCGCCCAGAUCGUGAACAACUUGCAGGAGCUCCGGCUCUACAACAAGACCUCGCAGUGGCGCGUGCCCAGCGAACCCUCCACACUGAGCAGUGACCAGGGCUUUGAUAACGAGCUGGAGAAUCUACGUGCUACACUGCUGAAAGCAAGCCUGGAGACAUCACCCAGAGCCCCCAGUAAAUCCCCUGCCAAGAUGUCUCCAAUAAAACAGUCCCAGCUGAGAAAUUUCCUUUCCAAGAGACAGACCCCUCCUGUCCGCUCCACUGCGCCAGCAAACCUGUCCAGGUCUGCUUUUCUCUCCCCAAAGUACUUUGAAGACCUGGAUGAUGCCAGUUCCACCUCCUCUGUGUCUCAGGCUCUGGAUCCAGAGGACUCGCAGUUCAUGGAGCCCGAGGAUAUGAUGCCUGUACCUAGACACCCUACCGUGGCUCGCACGCCCUCCAUCCAGCCUGGCUUUGUAGCCCAGUCCAGCCCCUUGGGGAAAGUCCAACUUGGAAUCAAUCCUGUCCUGAGCCCAGUUCUGAUGCAACCUAAUAAAAAAAGUGGAGUGGGUGCAGACAGCACAGCGCUCGCUACCAAGACAGUGAAACACGGCGCCCCCCCUGCCAGUGAGAGGAGCCCAGCCGCCACAGUGACUGCCCAACAGGCUGCUGCCGCCGCGGCACUGAGGAGACACAUGACCAAUCAGACGCCAGUGGGGAAUACCUCCCUUACAGAAUCCACACUGAAGACUGUUCCACAAGUUGUGAAUGUGCAGCAGCUGAAAGGUAAAGGUGCAGCGAUGCCCGUAUCGACAGUGCUCAGCUCCUCAGUGCCAGCCCCCGCUGCCCAGGCUAUUCAACAGGUUUUGGCUACAGUGGCAACAAGCCAGGCUAAACAGGCACAUAAUUCUCAGCUAAGUGCAGUGAAGGCCUCUGUGCCAGCUACAAGCAACACUGGCUUUGCAUUUGCAGGUGCCCCUGUUAAGGGUGAAACUUCCACCCCCGUCUCUGCUACUGCGACUUCUGGACUGUCCAGCAAAGCAUUCUCCUUUACUUCAGCAGCGCCUGGAGGUGGACUUGGUUUUGGGGCUCUGAACACUUCCUCAGCUUCAGCUCUGCAAGCUGGCGCUCAAGCAACUGCAAAGGAACCCAGCCAGGCCAGUAAAUUUUCCUUCAGUACUGCAGGAUCGAAGCCUGUGUUUGGAUCCGGCACUGAUGGCUCGUUCUCUUUCAGUACCCCCAAACCCGCAGGAGGGGAAACUUCCACUGCCACAAAACCAGCCGUGCAAGCAGCUGCCCUCAAAACAGAGGCUCCGCCCUCCAAGUCAGGGAAUGGCUUCUUCCAGGCCCAACCCCCUGGGGAGACUCUUGGUAGUUUCUCGGGCCUACGAGUGGGGCAAGCUGAAGAGGAGGCCAAAACAGCUGCCAAGGCUGCAAGCGGGGCUUUCAGCUUCGCACAGAUAGACAUGGACGCGCCGGGCAACACGCCAUCGGAAUUUACCUUUGGAAACACCUUCCAGAUGGGGAAACCUGCUGAUUCUACCAACACAGAGGCAGUUUCCACUACCACUGCAGCCAAUCCUGCCAGUGUGUUCGGCAACAUCCAGGUGGCUAGCACAGCAGGAUCUACGGGAGUUCUUAAGUUGGGUGAGUCCGUGACACCCACCACCGCUUUUUCCAUCGAACAGCCGAGCAGCACCACAGCCCUCAGCUCCUCCACUGCCCCUUCCUUUAGUAGCCUGCUUGGAACUCCUGCAGCAUUCUCCCUGGCGAUGGGAGACGCCAAGGCAGUUAGUCCCACUGAGAAGCCGUUUGUGUCUGCAGAGCCAGCACCUGUACUGCAGGUUGUUGAGAAGACAGUACCACCACCUCCUUAUCCUGCUGCAACUGCAGAAGAGAGCACUGUGUCCUCAAGCACAGAGACUGCAGCCCCUGUAGAUGCAUCUGCAGCUCUGAAGGCUUCAGAAAAGCCUGCUGUAGUGCCAAGUGAGGCAGCAGCUGUGCUCUCACCAAUAACAGCACCAGUACCUGCACUUGCAUCUGCGUCAACAGCAACUUUCAGCACCCCUGCGCCUGUCAGCACCCCAUCCACCGAAGCCAGCAAUGCACCCCAAAGCACUCUCCCAGCUGUACCCCAGCAGCAGCCCUCUGUUUUUGGGCAGUCUCCAAGUAUCGACAAGCCAGCGUCGGUUUUUGUCCCGACUCCCAGCAGCACUGAAACCGCAAACCAGACGCCCACUGGUUUGCCUCAGUCUGUUACAGCUGCUGCCCCCGUCACCACACACACCACGUCAGCACCAACCGCUGCUUUUGGGCAGCCCCCCGGUAUCACCGCAGCAGCAACCGCCAGCUCUGGGUUUAGUGGCCCCGGGUUCGGUUCAGGUUCCGGGUUUGGAAAACCCGCUUUCGGACAACCAUCAGGUUUCGGCCAGCCAGCCAGCAGCUCUGCGAACAAUUUCAGCUUUGGACAGUCGGCUUUUGGUUCCACCACGGCUUUCGGACAACCGGCUGCCGCUACUCCACCGUCGGGCAACACCGGGCUCUUUGGGUCAUCGAGCACCAGCAGCGCCAGCUCCUUCUCCUUCGUGCAGACCGCUAGCAGCGCCAGCAGCAGCACUGGUGGGGGGCCCUUCGGGCAGAACACCGCGCCUGCAUUCGGGCAGAACUCUGGGUUCGGGCAGAAUGCUUCAGUCUUUGGAGGCAACACCACCACUACUUCUUCAUCCGGCUUGAGCUUUGGUCAGUCUUCAGGUUUUGGCCCCACAUCCAAUACUUCAGUGUUUGGUCAGCAGUCCAACGGGGGCAGUGUCUUUGGCCAGCAGCAGGCUUCCUCUGGUGGGGGGCUGUUUGGGUCAGGUAGCGGGAAUGGAGCGGGCGCAGGAGGAGGAGGAGGAGGAGGGGGCUUCUUCAGCGGUCUGGGGGGAAAGCCCAGCGAGGACGCGGCGAAUAAGAACCCAUUCGGAGUCGCCACAGUCGGAGGUUUUGGGCAGACCAGCCAACCAGGAGCAAACAGCCUGUUUGGGAAUAGCGGUGCAAAGGGAUUCGGGAGCUCCUCGUUUGGGGAGAAACCCAGCGGCACGUUCAGUACAGGAGCCAGCAGCGUGGCAGCGCAAGGAUUCGGCUCCUUCACCAGCCCAGCGAAAACAGGUGGCUUUGGUGCUGCUCCGGUGUUUGGCAGCCCUCCUGCCUUCGGGAGCUCUCCUUCCUUCGGAGGGUCGCCAGCAUUCGGGUCAGCCCCAGCCUUUUCCAGUCCUCUAGGUUCGACGGGAGGCAAAGUGUUCGGUGAGGGGACGGCAGCCGCCAGCGCAGGAGGAUUCGGCUUUGCUUCUGCCACCAACGCCCCGACCUUCGGCAGCCUCGCCAGCCAGAACGCCCCCUCUUUCGGGAACCUUGCCCAACAGGGCUCUGGAUUCGGGGGGCAGCAGAGUGCUGGGUUCACUGGGUUCGGAUCCACCGCUGGAGCAUUUGGAAGCAGCGGGUUCAGCUCCUCCAAUCAAUCGUCUCAAUCACUGGGCGGUUGGAGAAGUUAGAUUUUAUAGAAUCUGCUGUCAGCCACACAACUGUGCGCCAGCCUCUGCAAUCUGCAAUCAAGCUCUAAAAAGCUACUGCUUCUACUGGUAGCUUAUUGACCACAAUUUCUGUUCUGAUUCACAGCUGCAAGGGAGCUUGUGCUUUGAUCAUGCAGUCAAAUGAAGCUUGUAAUAAUUGACUUGAAACAAUAAGAGAUUAUGGCGAUUUUUGUUUUGCUCUAUUUGUUUUACAGCAAAUGAUUAUUGAAUCUCACAUUAUCAGUGAGGAAUAGUGUUUCUGACAGUCGUCUUAAGCUGAAAAGCGUCAGCGCCGCUGGUGUAGAGAAUCACGGCUGCAUCUCCAAGCUUGCCGUGGCAAAUUAGUGGAUCUCAGAUGAGUGUGUCUGCCACCAGACAGAACCCCUUAAAGGGAAGCUGGAGGGUGUGAAUGCUGUGAUGAGCAUUCCUCUGUGGAGAUAGCCCUCGGCAGCGUGCGGAGGUCUAUGUGGGUGCUUUGCUAAAGGGGAAAGAAUGUUUAUUUGGGGGGGCACUUAAAUAAUGGAGUGGCCUGUGUCAUGUUCUCCUCAACUGUUUGCUCUUGAGCACGGGGAUGUCUAUAAAUAGGCAUUUGCUAGGAGCUGUCUCUUGAACCUCACAUCUUGGCUUUGUUGCAAGUUGAUAGCGACCAUGGCAUAGCUAUAACUGCUCUGUAUCUUGCAUUGCUAAGGGGGUGGUGGUGGGGGGGCAUUUCUUUAUAAUUAUUGUAAAGGUCAUUCUAAGAAAUGCAUGUUGCUUCCCAAACAUUUCAUUACGCUUUAAUAAUGGAUCUCAUGCUCAUACAUGUUUCUGACAUACAGGCUAACAAUUGUACUGCUUACAGACUGAUACGCAAGCAAAAAUAUUUAUCGAUAAGGUUUUUGGACACUAGGUUAUGUGACCUUAAGAUUUAAAAUGUGCAACACUCUUUGAAUCAAUUUGUCUCGGAUAUAAUUUAUUUAUUGUUUUUUUUAUGCUUUUUAGGGUAAUGCUCAAUAAAUGCUUUAUAUGUUUUACCAAAAGAAGUCUGUAGCAUUUCUUUGCCAAGAGUUUUAAUGUUA